UCCAAGUUGUAACUUUUAUUUAAGUUGCAUUUUGAUGGAUUGUGCGUUCAUGCUCUAUGAAUCUGUUGGUGUGGCUGGUAUAAAAUCUGUUGGUUUGAAAAACUAUGAAACUUACGGGAUUCCAAUUUCAGACUUGCGGAAAGAUAGGAAAGCCGUUGUAGCAUUUGCACGUCACUUUGGGUGCGUGUUGUGCCGUAAAAGGGCAGAUUAUCUUGCAUCCAAGAAGGAUAUACUGGAUGCAUCUGGUGUAGCACUUGUAUUGAUUGGACCUGGGAGCAUUGAUCAGGUAUAUCAGACUUGUAUUGAUGUGUUCUAUCGGGUUUACUGCAAAUGCUACUAUGAAUCUGUUGGUGUGGCUGAAGUAUGGGUUCUGAGAAAGAAAAAGUUUGCUGGGAUCUUAAAGCAACUGAAUGUUUUAUCAUAG